AUGGCCAAUUCCUCCGAGACUCUCCGCUUCGAUGUGUAUUCGCAGACAAAGUCUUACCAAAACGAUGCGUACAACUUCCUCGGGACCGUCACGAACCGUCUCAAUGUGCUUAGUGAUCCUAAGCAGAUCAAGGAACACAUGAAGAACACAUCCCACACGGCAGCUAUACACAUAUCCACCAAACCGGCCCUUCACACAGCGCUGCCGGCUGCUGCUACCCCUGAGAGACUGGCCCGCAUUUCACUGUCGCCGCAGAAAUCUUCAUUACAUUCUGCUCUGAAUCCAUAUGGCGUGGUGCUGUCCGAUUCGAAGCAAGACAUUGCCGCCAAGUUCUUGGCCUUGGUGGCCUUGGGCCCCAUCACAAAACCAGACGUAGAAUCCAAAUUGAAUCUGCGUCACUUGGUUCCCGCUUCAGAAAUGGCCGACCUCUUCUCAUCUCACACCCAGCAGUAUCUGCAAAACGAUACCUUCACCGAGGACGACGUCUACCCGCUGCUUGCACUGGGUACAUGCGUGGUAGAUCCGGAUGUGACUUACAUCAUCGUCAAAGACAAGGCUUACAAAGACAUGCGCCCAUGGAAUUUUUCAGCAUAUACCGAUUUUGAACGGUCCCUCAUCAUUGACAACGCAAACAACGCUUUGUCACGGCUAGGAUACCUGGAGACGCACCCAUUGCGCCGCCGGAUCGUCGAGAAAUCGGCACCUUCCGCUCCUCUGUCCCAUAAGAAGACCUCUUCGUUGGGUGGUGGUAUUUUGAUCAGUGGUCGCCGCCCAAACUCCGCCAACUCCGUCAACAACUCUGCACAGACACUGAAUGCGUCACCAUCACCGCUGUUGGUGCCGAGUUCAUUGAAGAACGCAAGCCUGGAGUCGCCCAAGUUAGGGCCAUCUCGGAGAGCAGACUCCAAGAAAUCCGACCCUUCGCCUUUGAAAGAACCCACAAAGCGCAAGUACGUUGCAUUACUGUCACUGUCAGGUUCGUCCUCCGAGGAUGAAAAACAGUCCAAAAGAGCCAAGAAAGAAGGCAAGCGCUCCGAUAGCAGCGGAAGCCAUAAUAGCAUUAACAGCACGGGUACCUCCUACACCCUGCCUUCAUCGGUCAACGACGAGACUCACGCCGAAGAGGAUCAUAGUGAAGAAGACGUCAAGUUGCUGGUCAUUCACAAAACCGUGUCUUCUCUUCCAUCGCGUCCUCAGAGUUCCGCAUCCAAUGCUGAAAAGAAGCAACAGUAUUACAAUCAGUUAGCAGCCAAGUUUAAAGGCAAGUACCAGGAGUACGAGAAUCUACACAAGGUAUUGAGCAAAGAUCAUCGCCGCGGAAAUACAGCAGAGAAAAAGAAACAGUUAUUGAAGUUGUUUGAGAUGCAUACCACCCUAGCAGAAUGGAAGCGCAAGCUCUGGGACUAUCACAACGAGAAUAAUAUGACCGAAGGAAUCAUGAACCUCUCUCGGCAUCGCAAACAGAACAGUGGUUCCAAUCUCAAGGUGCCCGUAUCUGCUCCGGGAUCGUCGCAGGUUCUGAGUAAUGACAGGUUCUACCGGUUUAAUACUGCUAGUCCUUCUGUGCAAACAGCCGACAGGUUCCAGGCAACUGCACUGGGCCGGAGGCAGCCUGCUGCAGAAACGCGGACUUUCCUCAAGCAUAAAGUGGCACUCGACUACUGA